UGAAGUCAUUUCGGCUCACUCCUCUUUUCAGCCGUCUCUUGCUCGGGAGGAGGAAUUCCGCCACACAUAAAACGCACACUGCUUGGACCCAGUCUCACUCUGCACUGAUAAGCACCCGCCUCCUCCAGUUUCCCGGCAGGAUCUCAGGAGUGACUCUCCAUCCCAUCUCCAUCCUUUUACACAGCCCCGAGAGCCGUGAAAUCCCGACAUCGAGAUGGCAUCACAGAAGCCCGCAGUAGGAAUGGCCAACAAGGGUCCAUCUUACGGCCUGAGCCGCGCCGUCCAGGACAAGAUCGACAAAAAGUACGACGCCGAGCUGGAGGAGCGCCUGGUGGAGUGGAUCGGGGCCCAGUGCCCAGAGGCGGGCAAGCCCGAGGCGGGCAAACUGGGCUUCCAGGCCUGGCUCAAGAACGGAGUGGUUCUGUGCGAGCUCAUUAACAGUCUAGAUGCUGCCAAACCCGUGAAGAAGAUUGGGCACUCAGACAUGGCCUUCAAACAGAUGGAGCAGAUCUCCCAGUUCCUUACGGCUGCCGAGCGCUACGGAGUCCAGAAGACCGACAUGUUCCAGACCGUGGACCUCUGGGAAGGAAAAGACCUUGCAUCAGUGCAGAGGACACUACUGGCCAUUGGCAGCAUCGCCGUUACCAAGGAAGAUGGCAUGUUCAAGGGAAAUCCUGAUUGCUUCUUCAAGAAAGCACAGGAGAACCGCAGAGAUUUUUCCGACGACCAGCUUAAGGAGGGGAAGAACAUCAUCGGGCUGCAGAUGGGCUCCAACCAGGGAGCCUCCCAGUCUGGCAUGACUGGAUACGGACGGCCCAGGCAAAUCAUGAGCUAAACACACCAGCCCACAACCACUCGUUUCGUUUCCCCUCAUCCAACUCACCCACUUUGCCUUCCCCUCCCUCCCUCCCUCCCUCCCGCCUGUCUUCCCGCCUUCCCCAACCCAAUCCAAUCCAACCCAACACCACUCCAACUCCCCAACUCCUACGCCCCAACAAAUCUCUCAGUAGCUGGGAGUAGUCCUGAAGCCAAAAUGUACCCAGUGUUCCAUCCACAUAUGGGAUAAGACCAUAAUGCAAGUUUUCCAUGCAUUCAUGAUUUUUUUUUUUUUUACAGUCGUGUGCUUGUGCAAAACGUAGUGCACAUAGUUGCCCAGACACACAAACCAGAUUGGGGAAAAAUUGCUUCAUUCAACUAAACUCAUUUAUCAGCCGUUUCUCACUAAUUGACAAGCUCAGGCAAUGAAUUAUGAAAAUGUUAACAGUGCUCGUUUAUGUUAUAACGUUUAGAUUGCAUUACGUAUAGUAUGUGAUGGAAUUUAAUAGUCGUAAUAAAAAUAGUGAUGUUCAUUGACCGUAGCCAAUGACCAAAACCUGCCAAAGCACUGAUUUCAAAUGAUUGUGCAUUCUCCUCAAGAGACUACAGAUUUGACAUAUGUUGCAUGCAUUUGUGCAAAAAUACAAAUGUAUGAGUUCUUAAGCAUACAGGAACAACAUCCGAAAUUUGGACUCGAUCUCGACAGCAAAAUGUGGUUGCCUUCCUUGUCCAUUAGCCCUGAAGUGACCUUGUGUUUUUCUACUUUGUCUAAUUAAAUGCUAAACUUUAAACUGU